AAAACGAACGAGCGCGUCAUUCUCCUUGCUGUGUUUUUUUCACUGUCCGAAUCAAAAAAGCUCCGAAGAAAAAACCAGAAGCGCUGGUUUUUCUACUGGUGUGCUUCUCUGCUUAGAAAUCGCGAGGGUUACAUGCAGGCGAAGCUGUUUGGGAAGAGGGAAAAUAUUUCGUCUUGUUUCCCUUUUUGGCCCAGAGAGAUGCUUUGAGGAUUCGUUUUGUCCCUAGCUUCUCUUUUCGUAGUAGUGAAGCGAUGAAAUGUUCGCCCGCCAGAUGUUGAAUUGAUAAUCACUUCACCAGGGUAAAGCCAAGUACUGUUCUGGCCAUGGACAAAGCUUCCCAAGACUGUCCUUAUCCAGGAUGUUUCUUCUGUGUGAUGAAAGAAGGCAACCCGAGUAAAAGAAGAUCGUGCAUUCUCAAAUUCUUUCGGGACCUUCCUUCUCAAGAUGACGACGGUCAAGUUCUCCCGAUCAGUGGCCUCUGGAAUACUGCAAUGGCACACCCCAAUGAUCCUGAAUUUAUCGAGCUUGGGAUAUUUGAGUGUAUGGCUGCAUUAAUAUGGAAAGGACUGAAAAACCGACGGUGGCUCUCUCAUGACCAGAACAUAUACAUCCCGUAUUAUGCCGCUCAUAUAAUUGGAUCUUACACUAUGAACAUGGAAGAAUUUGCUGAAAGAGCUGUGGAAGCUGGGGUAAUCCCACCUCUUGUUGAACUCUUGAGGGGUAGGCUCACUUGGGUCGAACAAAGAGUUGCUGUUCGAGCUUUAGGGCAUUUAGCUACUUACCCAAGUACCUUUCCUGCUCUGGCAAAUCAUGGAGAAAUCCUUGAACUUGCCAUCCAACUAGCAAUGAGUUCAUUGGAAAUAGUUUAUUCUCAUUUUUACCAGUAUGUUGAUCGAAGACUUAGUUACCAUUGUGAUUUACUGACACGCGGAAUGGGAGGUGUUGAAAUGGAGUCAAGAAAAGCCGAGGAAUGGGCAAGCCAACUGCAGUGCUGGUCGCUUCAGCUCAUUAACUGUUUUGCCUUUAAACCUGAGUUUCUUCCCACUUUGUGCAAACCCGAGUUUUUGGUGAAUCUGCCGGGCCUGUGGGGCGGACUUGUUAACGAGAACUCACCGGCUGGUAUUGGUUUGCUGAGAACAAUCUGUCAACAUAAACUCGGUCGUGGACCAGUGUCUACUUGUCCCGGAAUGAUUGAGGCAUUGUGUAAUAUUGCUCGUUCUUCUGAUGAUUGGCAGUAUAUGGCAAUAGAGUGUCUUCUUUGGUUGCUGCAAGAUCCUAAUACAUGUCAUAAGGUGGUUGAUAAGGCUGUGCCGACUCUAGUGGACCUCGCUGAAAUCACAAAUCUUGGAGACCACAAGAAACUUGGAGAUUCCAUUGUCAGUGUUCUUCAAGAAUGCCUCCAAUCACAAGGCUCGGGACGCAACUCCAUGAGUAACCGAUCAAAGGAAUUGAUUGAAGAGACAGUAAAUGCCCGACAACGAUUGAAAUGGGAGAAGAACAUGGCGAAGGAGGAUCUUCACAUAAAACAGGCGGCAGCUUUAGUAGUGAAACUCGAAGGAAACUCCCUCUUCUCAUCAGGAAACAUAGCAGGGGCGGCAGCCAAGUACUCAGAAGCAUUGUCUUUAUGCCCAAUGAGGUCCAAGAAGGAAAGAGUUGUGUUGUACAGUAACCGAGCUCAGUGCCAUCUUUUACUGCAGCAGCCAUUGACAGCCAUAAGCGAUGCAACACGGGCACUGUGUCUACACAACCCAGUUAACAGGCAUGCUAAAAGCCUUUGGAGAAGGGCUCAGGCAUAUGAUAUGAUUGGUUUAGCCAAGGAAAGCUUGUUAGAUGCUAUUCUCUUUAUCAACGAGUGUUCUCAAUCCAAUGACCAGGAUCUCUCUCUCAGACAGAACAAGGUUCCUGAUUACGCAGAAAGAUUGGUCAAGAAACAGAUGCGAGCUGCUUGGUUGUUUAGAGAGGCGGCUCUGAAGCAUGGGGGUGUGCACUGUAAAGGUGAUGAAAAAGAUGUGUAUGGCCAUGAAAGUGAUGACUCGGAAUGGGAGACAGCGAGUGAGAGUGAUGAUAUGGGAGAUGAUCGAAGGGAUCAAAUGGGGCAUGACGAGGAUGAGGAUGAUGACAUUGGUGAUGACCUGAAAGAUAAAUAUGACAAGCCACCUCCAAAAGACAUGAGACAUGGAUAUGGUACGAAAUUCGUGGGAGAUGAGCUAUGAAUCCACCAAAAUGGAUAUGCGAAAGAUUGAAAAAUGGCAAUGGAUCAAGAACUGUUGACAAAACAGUGAUUAGUGCUCCAGUGGACAGGGACAACGUUCGGGGCUGUUUGAAUGUCAGGAUAAAGAAGUUUGAGAAGGAAAACAGUCAUUGUAUCUGUUUGUCUUAGAAGCAAGAAUCUUCAAUGGAAUUGUAAGUUCUCUUUUGUUUUCUUUUCGGGUUUGCAGGAUUCUGUGGUAAUUUAUCCAUAUAAAGGUAGAAAAAAGAAACAGUCAUUGUAUCUGUUUGGUAGUAUGGGAGAUUAGUUUCUUGGAGAAAGGGGUUUGGUUUUGUUUCAAUUUAUUUUAUUUAUUUUCUUUUGUGUGUAAGAACUUUUUGAGUGUUCAUCAUUAGACAGUGUAUGAGUGUUUAAGUUGUAUAAAACUUUUCUCACGUGUG